AUGAGCUCCGGGACAGUGCCCUGGUCGCUGGCGCUUCUGCUACGGCUCCUGCUGCUGCUGCUUCUGGUUGCUACGCCCGCGGUAGCCAAGGAUGGCACCACGGACUUACUGAGCUGCUUCCCAACAAAGCGCUUUCUCUUCUCUUCCCAGAGCCAGUGUGUGUGCGGUGGAACCAAAGGGGACAAGGGAGAAAAAGGAUUUCCUGGACCCCCUGGUUCUCCUGGCCAGAAAGGAUUUCCAGGUCCUGAAGGCUUGCCUGGACCCCCGGGACCCAAGGGCGCUCCAGGACUUCCAGGACUCACUGGUCCCAAAGGUGUGAGGGGAGUAACUGGAUUACCAGGAUUUUCAGGUUCUCCUGGACUUCCAGGCAUCCCAGGCAACGCUGGACCUUAUGGACUCGCUGGUGUACCAGGAUGCAAUGGUUCUAAGGGUGAACAGGGGUUCCCAGGAUUUCCAGGAACACCAGGCUAUCCAGGGCCACCCGGUGCUGCUGGUUUGAAAGGACAAAAGGGUGAUCCCGCUGAAGGAGAAGACAUAGAACUUAACGGAAAAGGGGACCCUGGGUUGCCAGGGUUGCCAGGAUUUCAGGGUUUUCCAGGGCCUGCAGGUUUUCCUGGGCCUGUUGGUCUACCUGGCCAUCCGGGAUUCUUGGGUUUUCCAGGUGCCAUGGGACCUGCAGGGCCUAAGGGUCACAUGGGCGAUAAUGUAAUAGGACAAAAGGGAGAUCAGGGUGUGAAAGGAUUAACAGGACCCCCUGGACCACCAGGAACAGUUAUUGUGACACUGACGGGCGUGGACAACAGAACGGACCUCAAGGGUGAGAAGGGGGACAAGGGAGCCGUGGGCGCAGCUGGACUUCCGGGACCCUCGGGACCCCCUGGAGAAUCCACCAGAUCUGAAAAGGGUGCUCCCGGAGAGCCGGGCUCGCAGGGAAAACCUGGAAAGGACGGUGCCCCUGGCUUCCCUGGCACUGAGGGACCCAAGGGCAACAGGGGCCUCCCUGGGCUAAUAGGAGAAGCUGGCAUCAAGGGAUGGAAAGGAGACAUUGGCCCUCCAGGAUUUCGUGGCCCAACAGAAUAUUAUGAUGCAUACCAGCAAAAGGGAGAUGAAGGAAUUCCAGGACCACCGGGGCCCAAAGGAGCUCGUGGCCCACAAGGUCUGACUGGUCCUCCUGGAGCUCCUGGCAUCGCUGGACCAUCAAGGCCUGGCCUCAGAGGAGCUCCCGGAUGGCCUGGCUUGCAGGGAAGUAAAGGGGAACCAGGACCCCCAGGGAAGGAUGCACUGGGGCCUCCUGGGGUCCCAGGCUGUCCUGGGUCACCAGGCCCUGCAGGGGCACCAGGACCUCCAGGACCACCAGGUGAUAUCAUUUUCCGCAUGGGUCCUCCUGGUGAUCGUGGGCUGCCAGGGCGUUUAGGGUUCCCAGGAAUUCCAGGAACUGAUGGCCCCAAAGGAGAACCAGGUUUCCUCUGCACAGAGUGCAUGUACACCCCAGGGGCCCCCGGCCUCCCAGGACUGCCCGGGUUAGAUGGUGUCAAAGGAAUCCCAGGAGGACAAGGUGCAGCUGGCCUGAAAGGAAGCCCAGGGUCCCCGGGAAGGACAGGCCCUCCAGGAUUUCCAGGGUUCCCAGGUGCACGGGGUGAUCCAGGACAUGAAGGAGGAAAGGGUGAAACACCUGAGCCCCAGGGGCAAGCUGGUGCCCCAGGAGACCCCGGGCUCAGAGGGCCACCAGGGAGAAAGGGCUUGGCUGGGAUUCCUGGAACUCCAGGACUGAAAGGACUACCAGGACCUAGAGGUGACCCGGCCCUAAGUGGAGAGAAGGGGGACCAGGGUCCUCCAGGGGAUCCUGGCUUCCCUGGACCCCCAGGACCUGCAGGACCAGCUGGACCACCUGGCUACGGACUUCAGGGAGAGCCUGGUCCCAAGGGCUCCCAAGGCGUUCCUGGAGCCCCUGGACCACCUGGAGAAGCCGGUCCUAAGGGGGAACCCAGUGUUUCAACACCAGUCCCAGGCCCUCCAGGACCUCCAGGGCUCCCUGGCCGGGCUGGCUCCCAAGGACCACCUGGUCUCCCUGGAUUGAAGGGGAAAUGUGCUGAGCCUGGUCUUCCUGGGCCUGACGGUGAACCAGGAAUUCCAGGAAUUGGAUUUCCUGGGCCUCCUGGACCUAAAGGAAACCAAGGUUUCCCAGGAACAAAAGGCUCCCCAGGGUGUCCUGGAGAAAUGGGGAAGCCAGGGAUACCUGGAAAGCCAGGCCCACCAGGAUCCAAGGGAGAACCAGCUCUAGCCAUGCCCGGAGAUCCAGGGAGGCCAGGUUUUCCAGGAGAAAGAGGCUAUUCUGGAGAAAGAGGAGACAUCGGACUCCCUGGACCUCCAGGUGUCCCUGGAAUUCCUGGAAAAGAAGGGUUUGAUGGACCACGAGGAGAUCCAGGGCAGCCUGGACCACCUGGAGAACCAGGAUUACCAGGAAGGUGCAUAGAGGGUCCAAGGGGAGCCCCGGGCCUUCCGGGCUUAAAUGGACUGCAAGGACAACCAGGCAGAAGAGGUGAAACAGGACCAAAAGGUGAUCCCGGGAUUCCAGGCCUGGAUAGGACAGGCUUUCCUGGGGAACCUGGACCACCCGGAAUGCCAGGUCAUGGAGGUGAAGUGGGACCACCCGGUCACAAAGGCUAUCCAGGGGCUCCAGGAGUCUCAGGGCCACCAGGUGAAAAGGGAAUGAUGGGAAUGAUGGGCUACCCUGGAACUCCGGGCCCUCCGGGGCCUCCUGGGAACCCAGGCCCUCCGGGGCACAGGGGCAGCCAUGGAAUCCCAGGAGUAAAAGGCCAGAGAGGACUUACAGGAGCCAAAGGGGAGCCAGGAGCCAAAGGAAACCCUGGGCCUUCACAAAUAUCUCACCUAACAGGAGACAAAGGAGAACCUGGGCUCAAAGGAUCCCCAGGAAAUCCAGGUGAGAAGGGAAGUAAAGGUGUUCCAGGCUUACCAGGUCUAAAAGGGCCUGACGGGCCUCCUGGACCACCAGGACCACCAGGCCCCCGAGGAGAUAUGGGGAUCAUUGGGAGCCCUGGAGAGGCAGGGCCACGUGGUGAGCCAGGUGGCACGGGAACCAUGGGCAUGCCAGGUUCUAAAGGAGAACAGGGGGCUUUGGGACCCCCAGGUCUAGCUGGAAGACCAGGCCUGCCAGGUAUCAGCGGUCUCCCAGGAGAUAAGGGAGAACCAGGUUAUGCAGAAGGGGCAAGGCCAGGGCCACCAGGACCAAAGGGGGAUCCAGGACCACCAGGUGACCUGGGGAAGAAAGGAGAAAGAGGGCCACCUGGCCCGCCCGGACAUUUGGGACCUGCUGGAGCUGCGGGAGCCCCUGGAAGCCCUGGAGGUGCUGGCCCCCCAGGAAAUCCGGGUCCUGAUGGUGAUAUGGGGCUUAAAGGCAUCAAAGGCUUCCCUGGACAUCCAGGAGUAAAAGGCCCUCCAGGCCUUCCAGGAUUCCCUGGAUCUCCUGGGCCAGUGGGAAUGAGAGGCAACCAGGGCCGUGAUGGAAUUCCUGGUCCACCUGGAGAGAAAGGAGAGACAGGUUUGCUGGGGGUCCAUCCAGGCCCCAGAGGGCAACCUGGUGUUCAAGGAGCCAAAGGAUACAGGGGAGCCCCUGGCCUGCCUGGCCGGCCUGGCAGGAAAGGGUCCAUGGGAGAUGCUGGGCCUCGAGGACCCACAGGUGCAGCAGGACUGCCAGGGCCACCAGGCCCACCUGGAGCAAUCAAGCCCGGCCAAAAAGGAAACAGAGGCCCACCCGGCUCAAGGGGAAAGCCAGGUGAACCUGGUCCCCCGGGACCUCCAGGGAGUCCAGUCGCAGGCAUAAAAGGAGAUAAAGGAUUCAUGGGACACCCUGGUCCAAAAGGUCCACCAGGAACUAUAGGAGAGAUGGGACCACCAGGUCAUCCAGGAGCGCCAGGUGCCCCAGGUCUUCCAGGGCUCAGAGGUGAUCCCGGAUUCAGUGGAUUCCCAGGAAUGAGAGGAGAGAAGGGUAAUCCAGGAUUCCCAGGGCCACCUGGACCACCUGGGCCAAGUGGGCCAAAAGGACCACCCGGUGUCCGCGGAGCCCCUGGUACGCUUCAGAUCAUCUCCCUUCCAGGUAGUCCAGGGCCACCUGGCCCACGUGGAGAACCAGGGAUGCAAGGAGAACCUGGACCACCAGGGUCUCCAGGGAGCCCAGGACCUUGUGGGCCAAAAGGGAGACCAGGCAUGGAUGGAAAACCAGGAAUUCCCGGACCAGCUGGAGAGAAAGGCAGCAAAGGUUUCCAGGGAGAGCAAGGACCACGUGGGUCAGAAGGAUUGCCAGGUGUGAAGGGAAAGGCUGGAGAUGCUGGGCCACCUGCACCUGGGACAACAAUGAGAGGCUUUGUCUUCACUCGACACAGUCAAACAACAGCAGUUCCUGCAUGUCCGGAAGGGACAGAGCCACUUUACAGCGGCUACUCUCUUCUUUUUGUACAAGGAAAUGAGAGAGCCCAUGGACAAGACCUUGGAACUCUUGGCAGCUGCCUGCAACGAUUUACCACAAUGCCUUUCUUAUUCUGUGACAUCAAUGAGGUCUGCAAUUUUGCAUCUCGAAAUGAUUAUUCAUACUGGCUGUCAACACCAGCUCCGAUGCCAAUGGACAUGACUCCAAUUACGGGCAGGGCCCUCGAGCCUUAUAUUAGUAGGUGCACAGUCUGUGAAGGUCCUGCGAUCGCCAUUGCUGUGCACAGUCAAACCACAGAUGUUCCUCCCUGCCCUCAAGGCUGGAUUUCUCUAUGGAAAGGAUUUUCUUUCAUCAUGUUCACAAGUGCAGGUUCAGAGGGUGCUGGACAAGCACUGGCAUCCCCUGGCUCCUGCUUGGAAGAAUUCCGAGCCAAUCCAUUUAUUGAAUGUCAUGGAAGAGGAACGUGCAACUACUAUUCAAAUUCCUACAGUUUCUGGUUGGCUUCAUUAAACCCAGAAAGGAUGUUCAGAAAACCUAUUCCAUCUACUGUAAAAGCUGGGGAGUUAGAAAAAAUAAUAAGUCGCUGUCAGGUGUGCAUGAAGAAAAGACAUUGAAGAACUUAAGAAAACAGAUUUGCUGCUUUUCAUCCUACAUAAUGAUGUAAUGACUCAGGCCAGGCAUUCGUUUAGGUAUUUUUCCUCUAUCCAAACAAUAUUGUUCUACCAUGGCUUGAGAAGAACAAAGUUUCCAUUUGUCUCUCCAUAAAACAAAGCAUUUUUUUUUCAAGGCUAGUUUUGUGAUCUUGAACUCUAAACCUGUGCUGUUUCAACAUUCCCAAAGGCAUAGUAAGACAUUUUUACAAAAGAGCCUGAACAUGUAUUCUACAGGUAUCCACCACACUAAAUGGUGACAGCGUAAAAUUUGGAUGUGACAAGUUGAGAUAUUUGAGCCACUGGAUUGCCAACAUUUAUUGUCUUCUCUUCCAGUCUUUGCCAUUCGGGGAGGCUGUAUCAGACACAGAUCGUGCUGUCAUUGUCUUCCUGGGCCUUUAGACCUUGCUUAGACAGGGAGAUGGGUACAUGUGGCAUACUAUAGCAGCAUGAUUAAAACUGGAUGUCCAGACUCGCUGGGUACCCCAAGGCUUGAAAGGAUGCAGAACUGAAGUGCACUUCCUGCAUCUUCCAGGACUCUUCCAAACAUACCCAAGACCAAGGGCAAAAGGGGGUUCCUUAUUUGGAACCACAAUAGCCUUGGAAAUAUUGUAUUUUUUAAUGGUAUUUUUUUUUUUUGAAGAUUCUGCUAUCCAAUUGGUCACUUGGUAUAGCCCACUUGUAUUUGAAAUAGGUAAAAUUUUUAUCCUUAAUGAUUCUUAAUAUAAUUGUACUAAAACAUAUUCUGAAAUUAAUCUAUUUUUAAAAUUCUCUUUUUGAGUACACUCAUACAAGCAGGAGCACUACUUGCUGGAUGCACACUUCAUCUUCUUCCCUGUAAACGUUGUUGCAUUCCUUCUAUGAGUGACUACAGUUGCUCAACACUCCAUGACUGAAUUGCCCUUUAUUGAUUUAUCAGGCUCUGAGUAUUUUUUUCUUUGCUCUAAAUAUUUUAUUACUCCUGGUUUUACAAAUUUAUUCCUGUGUGAAGGGAUAAGAACUAGCACUCUAAUGUUUCCUUUAUAAAACAAAAAAAUGUUUUACAGUUAUAUAUACUUACAAAUCAAAGAGUCCACUGUAUAAAAACCUGAAUGUGCAAACUGUAUAAAUUGGUAGUUGUAUGUCUUAGAACUUGCUAUUCAGUGUGUGGAUACAUUCCCAAAGUGACUUAAUACAACUUAAGCAUUUUAUUCAGAAUCAACCCAUGUUAAAUUACAGACACUACAAGAAAAAAGGAGACUCUUUCUGAUCUAAUGCCUCAGAAAAAGUCAUGUUGUUUCUGUGAUGCAUCCCACAUAUCUGUUGCUCUACCUCUCCCCCUAUUCUCUUUUUCAUUGUAAUUACAUUUUAUCAAGAUAAUUCAGCAGACCUGAGUAGGGGUUCAAAAAAUAAGAUCAAGGACCAGGGGAAAGCCAGGCCCUCUGGUGUGUCUCCUUAAAGACACAGAAAGUUUGGAUGACACCAAGAAAACAAAGAUUUCCAAAACGUGAGAAUCCACUGAUACUUGACAGUGGCAUUAUUUAAGCAGUUAGGGGUCAAGCAUCUUGAGGCAGGGCUUGGAAGAUGCUUCCGUAUACACUCAAGUGGAGUUGGUGGUGCUGAUACUCUAAAUUCAGGCUACUGUUUCAACCUCAGUUGUGUCUUGAGUAGAAACUUGGCCCCAGAGGAGAGAACCCACUGCGCCAUGACUGACACCCUCCGCUGCUCCUACGACUGCUGCCAAGGUGUUUCAACACCUGUACUAGGAUGGGCAGCAUUUUAUUUACGUAAUGUACUAACACUCACCAGAUUUUUGUGCUGCAAAAACAUCCUCAGGUCCCAGUUGUGCUGUAUACAGCAGCACUGAGAGCCAGCUGAUUCCACGCACCCCCUUAGGCAAGUGGUUCUCAAAGGGUAGACCCCACAUCAGCAGACUCUGGAAACUGGGCCUACUCCAGGCUUACAAAAUCAGAAACUCUGGGAGUAGGGUCCAAACACAGGUGCUUUACCAAGCCAUCCAGGUGAUUCUGAUGCAUUCUGAAGAGAAAAACUACUAUAGGCAAACAACCAAGACACUGACUGUCCUUGCUUCUUGAUGUCAAAGUCACAGAUGACUAACUUUUACCACUAAGUAAAAGCCCUAGAUUGGUGCUAAUGCCAAAUGACUGGCCUCUGCUCGUCCCCAACACUCCGUCACCUCCUGCCCUCUCAGCAGUAUUUCACUUGCAAGGAAGUCAGUGAUGCUAAGACCUUAGAUUCCAAUGAAGCCAUGUGGCUGUUACA